AUGGCCGAACCAAGGAAAUACUUCCUUGAGCCUACUGCGCUGAUCCCGAACUCCCCUCGACCUCUUCUCCACUAUUCUGGCUUCUUGUCGCGAGAGGUAGAGCAAUCGCCGAAUGCGGCGGCAGUCUCGUGCCACAAGCUUUUUGAGCAGAACGGCUGGACGACGCAAUGGAUCUUCCGCUAUGGGCCAACACAGCGAUCACAUUAUCAUUCUUCGGCUCAUGAAUGUAUGGUGGUGUUGACCGGCCACGCCCGCAUCCGCUUUGGCGUGGCCGACACGACUGAUAAUCUCGAGGAGAACACCCACGGCGCGGCCAGGGAGGAUGGCGGCGUCGAGGUCGACGCCAAGGCCGGAGACGUCUUCAUCAUACCCGCCGGGGUUGCCCACAAGACCUACAACACACAGCCCGAAGCCGAGUUUGCAUUAUUGACGCCGGGGAAAGGUCAUGCCAUCGAAUCCGAGGACAAGUGCCGUGCCCUGUCCGAGACGGAGCUGAGCGGCUUCACCAUGAUGGGCGCAUAUCCGAAUGGAGCACGGGAUUGGGAUCACCCGGUGGGCGGCGAGCAUAUUGGUCGGUAUGAGGAAGUCUGGCGCACCAGCAAGCCAGCCAAGGAUCCGAUUCUUGCAGAUUCUCAUAGUGGUCUGUUGGGUCUAUGGACCUAG